AUGGAUCAAGAAUGGACAUAUGAACAAUCAACUGGGAAAUUAUACGACUCAUCAAACAAACAUGUAGCUACAGGAUAUUCAGGAAAUGGAACACAUAUUAACAAAGCAGAUUCUCAAGGUGUCAAAAGCAAAGGUCCACUUCCAAGGGGUACCUACACAAUGAAUGAGCCACGUAAAAGUGAUAAAACAGGGGCAUAUGCAAUGGAUCUUACUCCUUCUCCUGAAAAUAAUAUGGAGGGUCGUGAUAGUUUUCAAAUUCAUGGUGAUAAUUCAAAGGGUGAUAAGUCUGCCUCAGAAGGAUGCAUUAUUCUCUCUCGUGAUAUUAGAGAAAAGAUGUGGACAUCUAAUAUUCACAAGCUUAAAGUAGUAGAUAAAGUUUCACAAGCAAAAUCAGCUGAACAAUAACCUUUCAAGGACCAAAUAGGUCAAAUUAUUACCAACUUUAUUUAAAAUAAAUAUAAAUAAAUAUAAAUAAAUAUAAAUAAAAAAAAAUAAAUAAAGUUAAAUGUUUUUAAAAAAGU